AUGGAAAGUAGACUCUUUUCCAUUUCUGAAGCAGUUCAUGGAAAAUCUCGUUGUCCUCUUUAUGUCAACAUCCAUAUUGUUCUGAUCUACACCAAAGCAGAACAAGAGGAACCUGGACUUAACAGAGUAAUUGAUAGAAAGGAGAAACUUUGUUCUUGCUUUGUUUGGUUUGCAGGAAAAGUUAUAUUCUGGCAAGAAAGUUACUACUUGGACAGAUCCGCAGAAAAACAAGCCCCGUUGAUUACACUUCAUUUGGAUUCCUUCCCCCUUAGCAUUAUAGCCAUGGCUUUUUAUACCAACCAAAAAGUAACCACUGUCCUCUUAGUACUCAAUCUUGUUCUUUACUUCAUCAUAAUCACAAUUGCUGCAUGGGCAGUGAAUCAUGGAAUCCAAAGAUCUCGCGAAACAGCAUCAGCUUUAUCAGUCCCUCUUCAAAUCUUUCCAAUCUACUUCCCAUUCGGGAACAUGUCGACCGGAUUCUUCGUCAUUUACACCCUCCUUGCUGGUGUUGUAGGCAUGGCAACCUCGCAUACCGGACUAGAACAUGUUAGGCUAUGGGAUAUUUCUGAGAUACAUGAUGCAGCUGCCUCUUCAAUGGUGACUUGGUCACUCACUCUGCUUGCUAUGGGAUUGGCUUGUAAAGAGAUCAAUCUAGGCUACACAAACUCAAAUUUGGUAAGUCCAACUUCUCUGUAUUAUAUAUAA